AUGCCUCAAACACUUAUGAGGGAGAGUAAUCAACGUUUUCUUAUGAAAUGGUUUGAUUCAUUUGUUUGGUUAGAGUAUAAUAAAGAGAAAGAUGCUGCAUUUUGUCUUCAUUGUUAUCUUUUUAAAUGCGACUUUGAUAAACAAGGAAAGGCUGGAAGCGAUGUCUUCACUGAGAAAGAGUUUAAAAAGUGGAGGAAGGAACCUGAUAAUUUUAGGGACCAUGUUGGACAAGUUGGAAGCCUUCACAAUAAAGCUACACAACAUUGUACAGAUUUAAUGAAUCAAAAGCAACACGUUGAAACCAUUGUGAUUAAGCAGACAGACCAAGCUCGUGUUAAUUAUCGCAUUCUAUUAACUACCGCACUUGAUUGCACUAGACAAGGUCUUCCUUUUCGUGGCCAUGAUGAAAGCGAAACAUCUAGCAAUAAGGGUAAUUAUGUGGAGCUUUUGCAAUUUCUUGCCGAUCAUGAUGAGAAAGUUCGUGCCGUUGUGUUUGAGAAUGCUCCAGGGAAUCUCAAGUAUAUUGCUCCUAACAUUCAAAAAGAACUUGUUAAUUCUUGUGAUGCUGAAACCAUUGAUGCAAUUAUUAGGGAUAUAGACGAUGCAUUCUUUUCUAUAUUGGUAGUUGAAUCACGUGAUGUUUCAAUAAGAGAGCAAAUGGCGGUGGUGUUGCGUUAUGUGAACAAAAAAGGGCAAGUUAUUGAAAGGUUUGUGGGUAUCCAAUAUGUCUCUGAUACGACUAGUAGCAAAUUGAAAGAGGCAAUUGAGCAGUUGAUUUCUUCAACAAAUUUGAGCAUGUCCAGGCUACGAGGACAGGGGUAUGAUGGUGCUAGUAAUAUGAGAGGAAUCACAAAUGAUUUGUCAAAGGCAUUACAAAAGAAAGAUCAAGAUAUUGUGAAUGCAAUGAUGUUGGUCCAAAGAUGUAAGCAAAAGCUACAAUCCAUGAGGGAUGAUGACUUUGAUGAUUUACUUGGCAAAGUAUCAAUAUUUUGUGGCAACAAUGAUAUUGAUGUUCCUAACAUGGAUGAUUUAUUUGUACCACAAGGGAGAUCACGUCGUAAAGCUCAGAAAAUCACAAACCGUCAUUAUUAUCAUGUGGACCUAUUUCUUACUAUCAUUGAUAAGCAACUAGUAGAAUUGAAUAAUUGCUUCACUGAGGUAAAUACUGAAUUGCUUCUUUGUAUGGCAUGUUUGAGUCCAGCUUAUAAUUUUGCAGCUUUUGACAAACAACAAAUACUUCGUUUUACUCAAUUUUACCCUCAAGAAUUUAAUGACCGAGACCUCAUGAAGCUUGAAGAUCAACUUGGGCUUUAUAUUGUUGAUAUGCAAAGCAGCAUUGAGUUUUCAUCAUUGAAAGGAAUUACUGAUUUGGCAGAAAAAUUGGUGAAUACAUGA